CUACCGUAAUGUAUUAUAGCUUUUUCUUAAGGAAAAGGAAAAAUUAUAGGGACAGGGAGAAUCGCUGUGGGCUGUAAAGGAAAACUUUAACUUGUGAACAAACUGGACCUGUUUUGGGGCCGUAGAAGUAGUCCCGGCGGGGGUGGGGUCAUGACUCCGGACGUCACCGACCGGCGCGCAGUUUAGUUUGGCGGUAUCGGAUCUGCUGCCCGGCGAAGGCGGGAUGUGGUCGCCAAUCAACCGAGCUGCCGAGGAGUUUUACAAUCGUCUCCUGCAGGAAUUUAAUGAAGAAAAGAAAGGAAUCUGUAAAGACUCAUUUAUCUAUGAGGCUGAUGUGCAAGUGCAGUUGAUCAGCAAAGGCCAACCAAAUCCUUUGAAAAAUAUUCUAAAUGAAAAUGAUGUAGUAUUCAUCUUGGAAAGAGUGCCUUUAGAAAAGGAAGAAACAAGUCAUGUUGAAGAGCUACAAUCUGAAGAAACUGCUAUUUCUGAUUUCUCUACUGGUGAGAAUGUUGGACCACUUGCUUUACCAGUUGGGAGGGCGAGGCAGUUAAUUGGACUUUACACCAUGGCUCACAAUCCUAAUAUGACCCAUUUGAAGAUUAAUCGGCCAGUUACUGCCCUUCCUCCCCUUUGGGUAAGGUGUGACAGCUCAGAUCCUGAAGGGACCUGUUGGCUAGGAGCUGAGCUUACCACAACCAAUAACAGCAUUACAGGAAUUGUCUUAUAUGCGGUCAGUUGUAAAGCUGAUAAAAGUUAUUCUAUAAAUCUUGAAGAGUUAAAAAAUUCACAUAAGAAAAGACAUCACUUGUCUACUGUUACAGCCAGGGGCUUUGCCCAGUAUGAGCUCCUGAAGUCCACUGCCUUGGAUGAUACAGUCCCUGCAUCACAAACUACGAUCACUUUGGAUAUUUCCUGGAGUCCUGUGGAUGAGAUUCUUCAGAUCCCUCCACUCUCUUCAACUGCAACUCUGAAUAUUAAAGUGGAAUCGGGAGACCCCAGAAGUCCUUUGAGUCAUCUUCACAGAGAAGUGAAAUUCCUCCUUGUUUUGGCUGAUGGUUUGAGGACUGGUAUAACUGAAUGGCCUGCGCCUCUAGAAGCAAAAUCCGCCGUUGAACUUGUGCAGGAAUUUCUGAAUGACUUAAAUAAGCUGGAUGGAUUUGGUGAUUCGACAAAGAAAGACACAGAGACGGUGAAGCACGACAGUGCUGCGUUGGAUCGUUCCAUUGAGUGUCUUUUCACAGUGCGGUGUGAUCUCGAUUUUGCUGAGCAGCUGUGGUGCAAAAUGAGUAGUAGUGUGAUUUCAUAUCAAGACCUGGUGAAGUGUUUCACGUUGAUCUACCAGAGUCUACAGCGUGGUGAUGUACAGCCAUGGCUCCAUAGUGGAAGUAAUAGUUUACUCAGUAAGCUCAUUCAUCAGUCUUACCAUGGAACCAUGGACACAGUUUCUCUCAGUGGGACUCUUCCAGUUCAGAUGCUUUUGGAAAUUGGCUUGGAUAAACUAAAGAAAGAUUAUAUCAGUUUUUUCAUAGGUCAGGAACUUGCAUCUUUGAAUCAUUUGGAAUAUUUCAUUUCUCCAUCAGUAGAUAUACAAGAACAAGUUUAUUGCGUUCAAAAACUCCACCAUAUUCUAGAAAUAAUAGUCAGUUGUCAGCUUUUCAUUAAACCUCAACAUGAGCUCCUCUUUUCUUUAACACAGUCCUGCAUAAAAUAUUAUAAACAAAACCCUCUUGAUGAACAACACAUUUUUCAGCUGCCAGUCAGACCAACUGCUGUAAAAAACUUAUAUCAAAGUGAGAAGCCACAGAAAUGGAGAGUGGAAAUAAAUAGUGGUCAAAAAAAGGUGAAAACAGUGUGGCAACUGAGUGACAGUCUACCUGUGGACCAUCUGAAUUGCCCCAAGCCUGGUAAAUAUGUUACAGAUUUUUCUGAAUUAACAUUAAACAGUAGCCUGGAAGAAAGGAUAUCCUUUACUAAUAUGGUUACCUGCAGCCAGGUGCAUUUCAAGUGAAGUGUGCUGGUCCUCUAUCAGCAUAAGCCCCAAAAAGAAAAAAUUACAGAACCUGAAACAGGAAUGUAUAUAAAUCUUUGAAGCAGAAAAUGGAUGAAGAUCGGAGAUUCCCUCUGAAAGAUGAAGCUGCAAAAUGGGGCAGCCCUGUCUCAGCUCUGGCUCCGCAGGAGGAGCGUUAAGAGAACUGCAGCAAUUAACACACAGAGGGUGCAGACUGUGGGUACCACGAUCUCCGUCACCAUCUGCAUGUGGCUUAACAAAGGCUCUGAAAUGGGAGAGAGAACACCAGCGCAAAUGGGAACGUGAUCAUUUUAGCAAAUACAAUUUCAUCCUGAAAGCUUUACCUGUAUUGGAAAAACUUGGAAAAUGGUAUCGCACUUUCUAAUUAUUCUCACUUUCUACAGAAGAAUGAAAUGUUAUAAAAAAUUAUGUGAGGGCUUUGGAAAAUAUUUCAGAAAAUAUAGGAUAAAAAAUACCUAAAUUUGGUUCUUCCAUAGGUACUGUAAUAAAGUCUAAAUGUGUAUUAA